UAAAGAAUUCGUGUUGCCUCUGGCUGUUCUUAUCAUGACUCUAACUACUCCUGUAUAAUAAUCUAUGGCGAAAAUUACACAAAUGUUAUAAUAGUUGACGGAGAACCCUCUACCCCCUACCCACCGGGUUAUUAUGUUCUUUUAUUUCCAUCAUGUUGCCAAAGAUGUAUGCUUCAUAUAAUGUGGGAAUGAUGAAUAGUUUAAGCUUUAAACUGAACAGAGUCGAAUGGUGCAAGCAACAUUGCAUCUGCGAUUUCCAUUUGCUAUCUCACUGGGUUUCAAUUUUGGAACUUUCAGAUCGAGUUGACCUUUUUUCCAAGCUAGCUGAUUUCUCGGACUAAAUUCGUUUGAAUAUGUCCACAUUAUCAAAUGAGUUGGUUUAGGUUCAUUGUAGUUGAAAAAUGUGGCAUUUUCAGGUUAUAUGUACAAACCUUCUCAUGCAAAAUCUUAAAUUUUGGCAAGUUUUUUAAAAGAAUAAUAAAAUGGCAGGUAUAUCUGUCAUUUUUAUACCUUUUCAUGAUUAGUUUAUGUUGUCUAGUAUCCUACCUUAAAUAAAAUGCGUAAUCGAAGCUUUUAACUAUUUUAAACAACACAAUAUUCCAUAAUCAAUUGAUCAGGACACUUGGCAACAUCAGAGUGAUAUACAUACGAGGAGACAAAAUAGACUAACCCGCAGAAGAAGUAUUUCGCUUCUGAGACUUCUGACCGAUGUUUAAAAGUCUCCACUAUCUAGCUUUUCCAUUUUGUUCUUUAUAUCAUGUAUAUUUUCUUUGCCUCUAAAGCAAACGGCUCAAUUAUAUUUCUAGGGUUUUAGCUACUGAGUUCAUUUCAACCUUUGCACCCUCCAAAAAGAAAACGUGAGAAACCCAGAGAAAGAAAAUACUCUUCCUAUUAAGUAGGCGUCGUCUUCGUCUUCUUCUUAUUGAAUUCUAUCCUCUUUGUUAUUCAUAUCCGGAAAUUUGUGUGGAAUAUUAGUGGAAAGCGAAAAAUGCAGGCUUGUAGCGGAGCUGCAAUGAUGGGUUCUUUGCAACAGCCCAUGAGGGUCAAUAGACCAGCAUUUCCUUUAAAAGGGUCUGCUAUUACUGGAUUUCCACACCAGAUUAAGCUCAACUCAGUGAAGCCCUGUAGAGCUCAAUUUGAGGGGAGCUUAGUUACUGGGAGGCCUCCCUCUUCAGUCUCUGUUCCCUUGCUCGAAACCAGCUUUGUGGACCACGGCAUCAGUGAAGCUGAUCCUGAGGUUUGUGCAAUUAUUAGCAAGGAGAAGGAGAGGCAGUUCAAAAGCCUUGAGCUUAUUGCCUCAGAGAACUUUACAUCCCGUGCAGUGAUGGAGGCAGUUGGGUCAUGUCUCACAAACAAGUAUUCUGAAGGACUACCUGGUAAAAGGUACUAUGGUGGCAAUGAGUACAUUGAUGAACUUGAAACACUUUGUCAGAAGAGGGCUUUGGCUGCAUUUCACUUAGAUGAAAAGAAGUGGGGUGUUAAUGUUCAACCAUUGUCAGGUUCUCCUGCUAAUUUUGAGGUUUAUACAGCAAUUCUGAAUCCACAUGACCGAAUAAUGGGGCUGGACUUGCCUCAUGGGGGACAUUUGUCACAUGGAUUUAUGACUCCUAAAAGACGGGUAUCUGGCACAUCAAUCUAUUUCGAGUCAAUGCCUUAUCGACUUGAUGAAUCUACAGGCCUUGUUGAUUAUGACAUGCUUGAGAAGACGGCUACUCUCUUUCGACCAAAACUCAUAAUUGCUGGUGCCAGUGCAUAUCCUCGAGAUUUUGACUAUCCUCGCAUGAGGAAGAUCGCAGAUGCUGUUGGUGCAUUUCUAAUGAUGGAUAUGGCUCAUAUAAGUGGACUUGUUGCUGCUUCUGUAGUUGCUGACCCCUUUGAAUAUUGUGAUAUUGUGACAACAACUACACACAAGUCUUUGAGAGGUCCAAGAGGUGGCAUGAUCUUCUUCAAGAAGGAUCCUGUUCUUGGAGUUGAAUUAGAAUCUGCCAUAAAUAAUGCUGUUUUUCCAGGUUUACAGGGUGGUCCUCAUAACCACACAAUUGGUGGCCUAGCAGUUUGCUUGAAACAUGCACAGUCGCCUGAGUUCAAGGCUUACCAGAAUCAGGUAGUUUCUAAUUGUAGAGCUCUUGCAAGCCGAUUGGUUGGACUUGGCUAUAAACUGGUUUCUGGUGGCAGUGACAACCACCUUGUACUUGUGGAUCUGAGGCCAUUGGGUAUUGAUGGGGCUCGGGUGGAGAAAAUACUUGACAUGGCCUCUAUCACCUUGAACAAAAAUUCGGUGCCUGGGGAUAAGAGUGCACUUGUGCCUGGUGGCAUUCGCAUUGGAUCACCUGCCAUGACCACUAGAGGAUUUACAGAAAAGGAAUUCUCAGCUAUUGCUGACUUUAUCCAUGAAGGUGUGCAGAUAACAAUUGAUGCUAAAGGAUUAGUUUCUGGAUCAAAGCUCCAGGAGUUUUUGAAAUUUGUGGCAUCUCCAGAUUUUCCUUUGAUGGAUAAGGUGUCAAAUCUCCGUAAUCGAGUGGAAGCACUUACAACCCAAUUUCCCAUCCCUGGUUUAUGA